ACAUUCUGCCAGGUCAGUCAGUGAGUGGCGUGAUUCGUGCGAUGUUGUGAAAAAGGUUUUUUUUUAUUUGGAAAGAAAAAGUUGAAUCUUCAUACUUUUCUUGGAUGUGGUCAAGUAUGGAGCAUCGCGUUAGCUAAUCCGAUUGCGGAGUCCUUUUUUGUGAAUAGUUAGUUGUUUGUUGAAAGAAAGUUUGUUGACCAGUGUUGGCAGAACAUGAACGGCUGGAAGGCUUUUAUUGGUAGUAGACUGCCGAUAGUUGCCAGUAGGGCACGGAUUGCCUCGGCCGAACCAUGGACUGGACAGGAUCAACUCCCGAAACAUCAAAAGCGCUCGAACCAGUCCCAAACGCGGCAUGCUCUGCUGGAUCUGCGCCGCCAGGCCAUUCCGCUGGAGCGCCAGCGCCAAGUCCUGUACGAGUUGGUCCAACAGCUGGAGCGGUCUCCCUCGGAGAAGGCCUUCGCCGUACAGGAGGGAGCGAUCGAGCUGCUGAAGGAACUGCGCCACUCACCCGAUCCGGCCAUAGUUGACAGUGCCCGGCUUGGGUUGACCCUGCUGGGGUAUGUGGGGCCACUUCCGGGGCAGGGCAUUCGGAUAUUGAGCAUCGAUGGAGGAGGCAUUCGGGGGCUUAUCGUGAUGGAACUGCUGCGUAAGCUCGAGAAGAUGACGAAUCGGAAGAUAUUCGACCUGUUCGAUAUCGUGUGUGGAGUUUCGGCAGGAGCGAACUUGGUGUGUGCGCUAGCUUCCGAGAAGAACGUCACACUGGAUGAGUGUAUUCACUUGUACAAGAAGACAAGCCAUACGAUCUUUCACCGGCCGUCAACGCUGGACAAACUGGCCGGCGCGUCCCGGCUCGUUUCGUCCCACGCGUAUUACGAUGCGGAAAUGUGGGAAGGGCUGCUGAAGAAACACGUUGGCUACUGGCGGAUCAUCGACACCUCCAAGCUAACGCACGUGCCAAAGAUCUGCUGCGUCUCCACAACCAUCUGCGACCAGCACAUCGACGCGCACGUCUUUCGAAACUACACCUUCCCCCUAAACGUCCAGUCGGUUUACGCCGGAAGUCACACGGCCCGCCUCUGGGAAGUGGUCCGCGCCUCAACGGCAGCCCCAGCGUACUUUGGUGACUUUCAGCUCGAGGGACAGCUGCACCAGGACGGUGGAAUUCUGUACAACAACCCGACGACGGUGGCCAUUCACGAGGCCAAGUGUUUGUGGCCAAACGAGCGCAUUCAGUGUGUGGUCUCGCUUGGGACGGGUCGGACGCGAACGAAACCUAGUGAGGGUAAGGACGGACGGAAGAUUGUGAGCGAGAACUUUCUGGCGGAAGCAUCACUUUCGAGCUCGUGGAAGACCAAGUUCCUGCGCAUUCUGGACUCGGCCACCGAUACGGAAGCAACCCACACCAUCCUGAGUGACCUGCUCCCCCCGGGUCGCUACUUCCGGUUCAACCCGUACCUGACGGAGUUCCUGUCGAUGGUGGAGGUCCGGCCGGAGAAAAUCGCCCAGCUCGAACGGGACACCAACGAGUACUUCAAGCGCAACGAGGACAAAUUCGAACUGGUGGCGGAGCUUCUCACCCGCAAGCGGAACAUCGUCCACCAGACGUACGACGCGCUACGGGACGCGUUCCGAUAGGGAGGUUUAUUUCUCGAUUCAAGUCAUGUUUGGUUUUAAGAUGUUUUAAUUUUUUUUGAUGUUAGGAUGAGCGCUUCUCAGCCCAGGGCUGAGGUUAGGCGAGUCGUGUUCAAGUCAUGUUAGGAGCUAAGUUCCAAAGAUUUAAAAUCAGUCAUUAAUAGGCUAGUGCGAGCGAGCAUACUUCAAUAGCUGCAGUAUCGAUAACCUCGAGGAGAUGGUCAAGUUCAAUCUCGUCGACACCUUUUUUUAGUUUGUAAUGAACUUGACUAAAUUUUGAGUCUGUAUUGUCUGUUUCCGAUCGUUAAGGCCCGAUAGGCAUGCCAGAGUUUAACGACGUGAUUUAUGUUACCACGGACCAUGGAGUCGAUAUAUUUCUCACCCCUGCUCGUUUUUUUUUAUUUUCUUCUAAGAAGCAAGGUUACUCGAAUAAACAAAACCUGCGAGAGUUAA